CAUGGAGUUGGAUCUUGAAAACCCUUUGUUAAAUUUCAAGUCUUCCCUCUUCCAGGUUGAAUCCGAUCAUAUGCCCACACAGAAUUACAUAAACACUCUGGAAGGUUGUCGUCUUCAUAUUUCGCUCAGACGAGAAGUUAUCUCUUCAAUCUCACAGUUUUCUUGCAAGCUAGGUCCCUUUUCAUCGUACCUUGCUGUCAAUUAUCUUGACCGAUUCUUAUCAAGCCAUGGAAAACUGGGGCUGCAGCAACCUCAGACAUGGGUUUUGAGACUUGUUGCAAUCUCUUGUGUCUCUUUAGCUGCAAAGAUGACCGGAGCAGCGUUCGCUUUCGUCGACUUUCAGGUAGAUGGGGGCUUCGUGUUUGAUGCACUGACAGUAGAGCGAAUGGAGUACUUGAUCUUGGGGGCAUUAAAAUGGCGACUGCGUUCGAUUACUCCAUUCUCUUUCGUCUCAUUUUUCAUUUCAUUGUUCAAGCUCAAAGAAGUUGCAGUAAUUCAUGCCAUUAAAGCUCGUGCUGUUGAAAUCAUCUUCAAAGCUCAAAUCGAUACAAAGCUUUUGGAGUUCAAGCCAUCGAUAGUUGCAGCAUCGGCACUUCUCUCUGCUUGCCAUGAACUUUUUCCCUUGCAAUUCCCCAGCUUUAGAAAAGCAAUUUCCAGUUGUUCAUAUGUAAAUAAGGAAAACAUGAUAAAAUGCUUCAAUUCGGUGCAAAAGAUAGCCAAGGAGGGCUACGGGUCAAUAUUAGAUAUGGUUUCGAAAUCCAACACGCCGGACAAUGUGCUUGACCGGCAUGUUUCCUGUUCGGGAAGUGAAAUGAGCACCGCCAGUGCAACCACCGUAACUUCCAUAACACAGAGAGACAUAAAGAGAAGAAAAAGUAAUGAUUACGGAACAAUUAUCAAAUGCUCCACUUCUCUCAGGUCCAAAUCAAAAGUUCUAAUCCAUGGACCAUUGUAAGAGUGACAAAUAACCAUAGCACUAGCUUUCUUUCUGCAAAUAACAGAGGAACAGAACAAAAAAGAACUGGGAAAAUGAAGAUGAAGGAAUGAGUUCCAGAGAUGAAUAUGGGAGCUCGCAGUUUCGUUCAUUGCUACUGGCUAUGGUAUGCCCCAAUCUCUACUGUUUGCUUGAA